GCAACACGCAGAAACAUGGCAAGAACCAAGCAAACCGCCCGUAAAUCUACCGGAGGUAAAGCUCCCAGGAAGCAGCUGGCCACCAAGGCUGCGCGUAAGAGCGCGCCUGCCACCGGCGGCGUGAAGAAGCCUCACCGUUACAGGCCCGGUACCGUGGCUCUGAGAGAGAUCCGUCGCUACCAGAAAUCCACGGAGCUGCUGAUCCGCAAGCUGCCCUUCCAGCGCCUGGUGAGAGAGAUCGCUCAGGACUUCAAGACCGACCUGCGCUUCCAGAGCUCCGCUGUCAUGGCUCUGCAGGAGUCCAGCGAGGCUUACCUGGUCGGCCUCUUCGAGGACACCAACCUGUGCGCCAUCCACGCCAAGAGAGUCACCAUCAUGCCCAAGGACAUCCAGCUGGCCCGCCGCAUCCGUGGAGAGAGAGCUUAAACUCUGUCCCGCUGCUGCUGCUCCACUAACCUUCACCUCAACGGCUCUUUUAAGAGCCACCUCACUCUCAACUCUAGACAACAGUCCUCUGCUGCCUCAACAUAUGUUAACAUUUUCUCAUUAUUUGACAAUUAACUGUUGUCUUCCAUUAUGAGUAAACAAAUAUGAAUUGUUACAGUAUCACAAAGAUCAAAGCUGUCAUCAGUAAAUGUGGUGAACACCAACACAACUACUGUUCAAACUCAGUACAGUAAUUGUGAUAGCCUACAGUACACUUUAAGACAUUUCUACUCUGUUACAACAAACAAAUGUAAGUUCACCUGCUGCCUUGAAAUUGCAAUUCAACCAAACUUAAGUGAUAUCCUUGUUUUGACUAAUAAACUGAAGCUUAUAAAGUUGA